GACCACGCUCGCCAGCCUCGAGCCGAGUCUUUAAGUCGGCACCACGCUCCUUUGCCCUCGCAUCUAGGAACAUUGUAAUACUCUUCGUGCUCGCUAGCUGAACUUAUGCCCUCCUACGGCUCCCUCGGAUCGCCAUCUCUUCGCAAAAUGGAAAACGGACAUAGCUAUGGCGGUCGCUCGACCUUCUCCAUCGGCCGCAUCGUGGGGGACCCGUUUGCGCUGGCGACUAUCUCUAUCGGCAUUCUUGCAUGGAUCAUAGCCUUCGUCAGCUCGAUAAUAUCUGCCAUCCACAGUGGCUUUCCGAACUUCGCAUGGUGGACGCUGGUUUUCAUGCUUUUCUGCAUCAUCGGUGUUACGGUCACUGUUGCGUCGGAUUCGGAGCGGACCUACCAUGUCGCGAUUGUGGGUUUCCUCGCCGCUGGUCUCGUCUUCACCACCUCCUCUGUCAAUUCCCUAGUCUACUCGGCCGUCGCUGCCUUUGAGGCGGCCGCUGCCGGCUUUAUCUUGCUCUCCAUGAUUGGCAUUGUCUGGAUCUUCUACUAUGGAUCUCAGCCGCAAGCCAGCCACCGCGCCUUUGUUGACUCGUAUGCCCUCCACAAAGAGACGAAUGGCUCCCGCAACUCGCGCCCCAUGUCCAACAAUUAUGGUGCUCGUCCAGAGACAUCGGCUCCAAACGUGCCACCUCAGAUGUACACGUCCGCCCAAUUGAAUGGGUUUGAGACGUCGUCACCAGUGUCGGGUUAUCCAGGUGGCCCUGUUGGAGCGGAUGCUAGGAACUCUUCACAGCCCCGAUUUGGUGGCAUGGCUAACACUUCCAAUGUCCAAACGCCGACCAAUGGUGUCGAGGAGGGACAGCAAGAUGGUUCGCUCGAGUACCCGUAUCGCGCCAAGGCCAUCUACAGCUAUGAGGCGAAUCCCGACGAUGCGAACGAGAUCAGCUUCCAAAAACACGAUAUACUUGAGGUUUCAGAUGUCAGCGGAAGGUGGUGGCAGGCCAAGAAGCCCAAUGGCGAGACUGGUAUUGCUCCCAGCAACUACCUGAUCUUGCUAUAGUCUGCGAAGGCUGGAUCUUCCUGUCACGACCUGGCAAUCACGACUUUCCUUAGUGUUUAUUACCUUCUCCGGAUGCCUUGGACUGGAUACCCACCACGUCCUUGAGAUCAU